AUGACAACAACAGCAAAAUGGAGAAGGAGAUACAGAGAAUGGAAGGCGGAGAAAGAAGUUAGUAGUUAUGUGAGUUUGGCAACAGUUGGUAUCGCAGCAACAGCUAGUCACAUUAAUCGAAAUACAGACGAGGACACCGUCGCACUUUCCAUCGCUCAGCAAAUUGGAGGAGCAAUGAAUUAUGUCAUUCCGUACAACUAG